GUGAUUUUAUUACCUUGAUGUACACUAAUUAAAAAGUUGUGCCUAAGCAAAUCAAAAAGCGUAUUUGGAAGUAUAUUAAUGUAAGCUUCAUUUAUCUUUAUGUUUAUGCCAUAUGUUAAUAAUCUUUUUAUUCAUAUGAUAUGAUGAAAUUGAUGUGUUUGUAGUCAAAGUUCAUUCUUCUAAAAUCCUCAAAGCUAUGGGUGAUGACUGGUGUUCAAGGAGCAUGGAAGCGUUACAAAACAAGAAUAAAAAAGAAGCAUUUUGAUCCAUAUUCUGAAAAUAUUGAGGAUAUGUUGGUGAAUCGUCCUUUGAAAAUUCCAGAAAAACAAUUUCGGAAGCUAAUUGCAUAUUGGAGUAUUCCAACUGUCAAAGCCAUGUGUGUUAUAAAUUCUGAAAAUCGCAAGAAGCAACAAUGGAGGCAUAAAAUGGGACCAAUCAAUUUUGCAAGAGUGCGUGUUGAUUUGCGUGAGAAAAAAGAGAACAAAGAGGAACCAAAUCAAGCUGAAAUAUUUGUUGCAACUUGGAAUGGACUAAAAGGGAAAACACUUGAUGUAGAAACACAAGCUGUUAUUAUAAGUUAGUCUAUAAUUUUCUUGUUUUAGUUGUUGUUUUAU